AUGGCCGUGCCAGCAGGGAUGCCGCCGGCAGGAGCUGCAGCAGGCUCCCCGGCUCCCAGCGCCCGCGAGAACCAGCUGGUUUCUGGAGCUGAGGAGUUCCCACCAGCUGGAGCUGGGUACCAUCCAGCCCCGGGCACGCCGUGGGACCGGAGCGGCUGCCCCACGUACGUGGCUUUUGGGGACGCUGUGGGACCUGCUCCGGCUGCCAAACUGCGGGGUACUUGGGAGCCAGCACACCAAGCUGACGAGCAGUCAUUCCCGUUUUUGUUUGGAAUGAAGGAUGGCCAGUUGGCAGCAAGCACCUCUGAGUUUGGUUACGGGGCAGUGGUAGCUGCCGGCUCUUUGGCAGUGGUUUGGCAGGCGGUGAAUAGCGUUAGUCUGCAGUGCGCCAUUGGCUGCCACACUCAGCAGCCUGCCUGUCCUGCUGUCUGUCCUGCUGCCUGUCCUGCUCUGUGUCCUGCUGUCUGUCCUGCUGUCUGUCCUGCUGCCUGUCCUGCUCUGUGUCCUGCUGUCUGUCCUGCUGUCUGUCCUGCUGCCUGUCCUGCUGUUUGUCCUGCUGCCUGUCCUGCUGCCUGUCCUGCUGUCCAUCCUCCUGCCUGUGUGGCUGACUGUCUGCUGCCUGUCCUGUUUGUCCUGCUGUCUGUCCUGCUGUCUGUCCUGCCUGUCCUGCAGCCAGCACCAUUCCCACGGCCUGGCCGCACCCCUGCCGGUGCUGCGGAGCCGCGGUCGGUCCCUGGGCAGGUUUGGAGGGUGGCCAGUCCCUGGCUCUGGUCAGGGCAGGGGCACUGUGCCCACAGGCUGGGGGUGCAGGGGGCAGAUCUGGGCAGCCCGGGCUCUGCAGCACCUUCCCUCUGCCCGGGAGCUCCUGGGCCGUGGCGAUGGACGCACUCUGGGUGCGCAGCCUGGCACGGGCAGCGGGCGCUGCCUGAGCUCGGGGCAGCCUGGCCUGGCCUGGCCUGUCCCAUCCCAUGCCAUCCCGUCCCAUCCCAUCCGCAUGGUUCCCGUCCCCAGCCCCGGGUUCAGCCCCAGGUUCAGCCCAAGGUUCAGCCCCAGGGUCAGCCCCGGGUUCAGCCCAAGGUUCAGCCCCGGGUUCAGCCCAAGGUUCAGCCCAAGGUUCAGCCCCAGGGUCAGCCCCGGGUUCAGCCCAAGGUUCAGCCCCGGGUUCAGCCCAAGGUUCAGCCCCAGGUUCAGCCCCGGGUUCAGCCCCGGGUUCAGCCCCAGGUUCAGCUCCGGGUUCAGCCCCGGGUUCAGCCCAAGGUUCAGCCCCGGGUUCAGCCCAAGGUUCAGCCCCAGGUUCAGCUCCGGGUUCAGCCCCGGGUUCAGCCCCAGGUUCAGCCCAAGGUUCAGCCCCAGGGUCAGCCCCAGGUUCAGCCCCGGGUUCAGCCCCGGGUUCAGCCCCAGGGUCAGCCCCGGGUUCAGCCCCAGGUUCAGCCCCGGGUUCAGCCCCAGGUUCAGCCCCAGGGUCAGCCCCGGGUUCAGCCCAAGGUUCAGCCCCGGGUUCAGCCCCAGGUUCAGCCCCGGGUUCAGCCCAAGGUUCAGCCCCGGGUUCAGCCCCGGGUUCAGCCCCAGGGUCAGCCCCAGGUUCAGCCCCGGGUUCAGCCCCAGGUUCCGCCGGGCGCUGCUCCGGCAGCAGUCUCCCUCCCUCAAGGAGGCGAGAGGAGAUGGAUGCGGCAGUCAGGAGCAGAGCGCCAGCUAAUUACCCUUCCGAGUGUGUCUUGUAAAUUAAGGGCUAAUUAGAGGCAAAGUCAGUGUCAUGGUUUUACACGUGUUUCUGUGGCGCUCAGCAAGGGAGGGAGGGGGAGUGCGGCAGCGGUGCUGGAGCAGCGGGGCUGGUGCUGUGCCGGGCUGCGGGCACCGCGGGGCUGCCAGCUCGGCACCGGCAUUGCCGCAGGGCCUGCCGUGGGGAUCACCCACACUCCGGGCGCUGGGAAGGGGGUCUGGCCCGGGCUGGGUGUGCUGGGGAGGAGGGUGGGAGGCAGCUGCUGUGCUGGCAGUGAACAGGAGGCACUGGGAUGGACAGAAAGCUGGGACAGACGGACAGCGUGCCUCCAUCACCCUCCAUCCGCACCCGCUGGGUCCGGGGUCGCAGGGGGGUCUGGGUGCUGCAGCCUGGGCAGUGCCCGGCACCAGCGGCGUUCCAGUCACGCUUCUCCGGUUUUCAGAAACAGCAGGGGCAGAACGGUCCCUUUGGGUGCAGAACCUGGGGCUCCACGCGGGGGUUUUGCAGAACUCGGCUCUCUGGGGGGCGGCUGGGUGCUGGUGGUUCCCCGCAAGGCUGCGCAGCCUGUGUCCCUGCAGACACGGCUGGGGCAGCUGGCUCUGGGCCCUGCCAGCGGGGCUUGGCCAGCGCCGUCCCCAGGGUCCCCGCGGCCUCAGCCGCGCUGGGUCUCUGCGGGUGACCUGAGUCUGUUUCGCACGCUGCGGACCGGGUCAGGUGCGCUGGGCUGGCUGGAGCACAUCGGGCUGGGGACCUGCCAGCGUCCAUCUGCGCUCCAGCCUGCUGCUCCGACACGGACCCGCUGCAGCCCAUCCUGGGCCGUGCCGGCACCAGCCGAGUCUGCUGUGGACGUGUCCCACUGAACAGGUCGGCUGUGGACGUGUCCCCCCAGCCGGGUCAGCUCUGGAUGUGUCCCCAGCCAGGUCAGGUGUGGAUGUGUCCCCCAGACAGGUCAGGUGUGGACGUGUCCCCCCAGCCAGGUCAGCUGUGGACGUGUCCCCCCAGCCAGGUCAGGUGUGGAUGUGUCCCACCAGCCGGAUCAGCUCUGGAUGUGUCCCCAGCCGGGACAGGUGUGGAUGUGUCCCCCCAGCCGGGUCAGCUCUGGAUGUGUCCCCAGCCGGGUCAGCUCUGGAUGUGUCCCCAGCCGGGACAGGUGUGGCCGUGUCCCCCAGCUGGACACGCUGCUGCCGCGCUGUUCCACAGGCCCUGCCCUCUGUGGGUGUCCCAGCUCCGCGGCUUUGCCUCUGGCCGUGGGAGGAGGACCCGCGUGUCCUUUGCUCCCUGGCUCCAGCUGUGGUGCGGUGGCUGGCGCUGGAAGCCCUGGGGGAGCGCAGGUGCCUGUGGUGGUAGAUGUGCGGGACCGUCCCUCUGGACAGUGUCACCAUCAACAGAUUGCAGCCCCGAGCAGCAAGACCUUCGCUCCCUGUCAGAGUUGCUCUGUUUACUGUUCUGGAAAUUCUGGAUGUUCUUGUAAUCCACAAACACUUGACCCAUUUUGAAUCUCGGGAGUGACCUUGUCUUCUAUGAUGGUCUCUGGUCCCAAAAAAUGCUCCUUUCAUUUGGGGUUCAAGGUCUGGGCUCAGCUCAGGGGGUUUCCAGCUGGUGGGAAGAGGCUUUUCCACCCACAACCCCACCUUACAGACGGGUUUCCGUGUUUGUCCCCUGGACAUCCCCCGUGUGAUGUUCCGCUCUCUCCAGUGCACAGCGUGGCCGUGUCUCUCGCUGGGACCACACGUGGAGUGAAGUUGGAGUGCGGGUCGGCGCUGGCGAGGGCCGGAUCGUGUUUGUCCAGGUGCCUGGGGCCAUGGUGAAGGUUCUGGGCAUGGACACGGUUCUGCGCCAGGACCCCCGCUCGUGUUCCUCUGGGAACUGGGGUGUGCGCCGGGCAGGACUCUUUUCUCAGCACCUUUGGCUGGCACCCCGUGGGAGGGCAGAGCCAAGCAGAGCCUGUCCUCACGCAGGGCCCCGGGGACACGUCGCAUCGGGGACAGGGACUUCUCCUCCUCCCGCGGCGCUCGGGGCAGCAGCGGGUCCGCGCUGAGGCCACGUCUCUC